AUGCCUCAAGAUCUCCCGCCCACCGGCGGCUAUGAAGCCGUUCAAUACAGACGCAACAUCCCAACCCGCGGCCUCAAACCGGUCUACUACCUGCUCGGUGCCGGCUUAAUCAUGGCCUACGGCUGGCGCCAGGUCUUCAUCGGGCAGCGCGAGAAACACGAAAUGGCCCGCGAGAAAAUGUGGUCACGUAUCCAUUUGAUUCCGUUGCUCCAGGCUGAAGAGGACCGUGAUCAAGUGAGACGAUACUAUGCUGAUCUGGCGAGAGAGAAGGAGUUAUUGGGCAAAGAGACGAGCGCGUAUAAUAGUGACAGGUAA